AUGUCACAAUCACAUAGCGAGCGUCAGAUUUCUGUGCAUGGAUCUGGUGCUGUAGACGUUUUACUCACAUCCCAAUUCACUAAAGAUGGAAAAUUAAAAUUGCGUAAACAUGUGAUGUUGACUGAGAAAGACGAAAAAGGAUCAUCUGCAGAAUUUAAAGAAGCAACCACAAUUAGUUCUUUAGGGUUCAGGCAAAGAGUAGAAAAGACCUGGAAACUGAACUGGUAG